GGCUGUUCAAGAUGAGCGACAAGGUCCCGGAAGAGAAACAAGGCCAGAAUCAGGGUCAGGAGGGCCAGCGAAAGGAUCAAUCCUUGAGGGUCCAAAUCCUCGUUUACCGCUGCAUGGGCAUCGACCUCUGGAGUCCCACAACCGUCAACGACCGCACAUGGCUCACUUUUGUGACCAUGGGCCCGCUCUUCCUCUUCAUGCUGCCCAUGUUCCUCGCCGCCCACGAGUACAUCACCCAGGUGAGCCUGCUCUCCGACACCCUCGGCUCCACCUUCGCCAGCAUGCUCACCCUGGUCAAGUUCCUGCUCUUCUGCUACCACCGCAAGCAGUUCGUCGGGCUGAUCUACCACAUCAGGGGCAUUCUCGACAAGGAAAUUCGUGUUUGGCCAGAUGCUCGGGAAAUCGUGGACGUGGAGAACGAGAGCGACCAGAUGCUCAGUCUGACGUACACCCGUUGUUUUGGACUGGCGGGAAUCUUUGCGGCCAUCAAGCCCUUCGUGGGCCUGGUGGUGUCCCUGAUUCGCGGCGACGAGAUUCACCUGGAGCUGCCCCACAACGGGGUGUACCCAUACGAUCUCCAGGUGGUCGUGUGGUAUGUGCCCACCUAUCUGUGGAACGUAAUGGCCAGCUACAGUGCUGUGACCAUGGCGCUCUGCGUGGACUCGCUGCUCUUCUUCUUCACCUACAACGUGUGCGCCAUCUUCAAGAUCGCCAAGCACCGGAUGAUCCACCUGCCGGCGGUGGGCGGCAAGGAGGAGGUGGAGGGCCUGGUCCAGGUGCUCCUGCUGCACCAGAAGGGUCUCCAGAUCGCCGACCACAUCGCCGACAAGUACCGUCCGCUCAUCUUUCUGCAGUUCUUCCUGUCGGCCCUGCAGAUCUGCUUCAUUGGUUUCCAGGUGGCGGACCUGUUCCCGAAUCCCCAGAGCCUCUACUUCAUCGCCUUUGUGGGCUCGCUGCUCAUCGCCCUGUUCAUCUACUCGAAGUGCGGGGAGAACAUCAAGAGUGCCAGCCUGGACUUCGGCAACGGGCUGUACGAGAGCAACUGGACCGACUUCUCGCCGCCCACCAAGCGUGCCCUGCUCAUUGCCGCCAUGCGCGCCCAGCGACCUUGUCAGAUGAAGGGCUACUUCUUCGAGGCCAGCAUGGCCACCUUCUCGGCGAUUGUCCGCUCCGCUGUGUCGUACAUCAUGAUGCUGCGCUCCUUUAAUGCUUAAAAAGGACAUCAAAAUGUGCCCAUCGAGGGAAUAUUAUAUGCAGGUGUGCCUGGUGACAAAGCAGUUUGAAAAAAACGGAGUAAAAAUGUGGUUUAUAUUAAAAAAACAACAUUGAAAGAGACAAGUAAACUAGAGUUUUUUUUUGUUUGGCGCAUAUCAAGUUUCUCAUCACAAAUACUUUUUAAGUAUAAAGAUAUAAAAAAUAUAAAAUUGACAUUAUCAGGUGUAUUUUGUUACCUAUAAAUAUUGAUAUUCAAAUUUAUAUAAAAAGUUCAAGAGCACAUUUUAAUAUUGCUGAAAAAUCAAAAGACAUUUUAAAAAUAUUGUACCCUUUUCUUAUACAUAUUUGCAAUGUUUCUAGGGUAUUAUUUGAUGAUGUUUUAAUGCUUAUAUUUAUUAUUUGUUUAUAAUAAUAAUUAAAUAAAAAUAAUAGACAAAUUCACUUUCAAUUUAGUAGCAAGUAUACUGACACACUUUCCAAUUGUAAAAUUCGUACCUUAGCUUCUUGCUAGAUUAAUCUGUUUUAUUUAUAUAACCAGCCAGGCAAAAUAGGCAGCUAAAAAUGCGGAGACUAGAGGUCGUACAACACACCCACUGCCACCCAGCCUUCAUGACGGGCAUUUUUUUUUUACUAGAGCAUUUUUCUUGGUCCUUAAUAAAAGAACAGGUAAAGGAGGAUGGGGGUGGGGGUUUCAGGGAAAAUAGAGCGGAUUGCAAGUGAUAUUGCUGCAAACUAUUCGAAUCUUUUCGCGUUUUCCGCCGUUCUUGCUUGCCCUUCAAAAUACCACCCACCACCCAACGCACAACGCCCACCACCCACCAAUACCAUCCAUUUUCCACCGGGCUGUAACGAUUUCCUGUUUGAACCGUGAUUGAUGACAGGCGACUGCGGAGGAGCAAGGUAAACUCCUGCUGGAUGCAAAAGUCUUAAGUACACGCAACACUGAGCUGCGUGAUUGGAUACUUGGAUGCCUGGAUACUUGGAUACUUGGGAACUGCCCAGCAGCCUCCACCAUCGACCAUCUACCACUAUUUACGCCGGCUGCAACUGUUUUAAAGUUUUCAAAUUGCGAAUGCCAAUCCAUAAGCACAUAAUUACGUAUACGCCACGGGGCCCACAAAAAAUUAUGGGUUAAUGCAAGGGCACUCUGCAUUCGGUUGCCUUUAACUUGUUUGGCUUAAUAAUUCAGGCUUUCAAAUACAAGUAUUGGUUUUAACUUGUUUACAAUGAUGAGAAAUGGAACAGUCAAUAAAAAUAUUAAAUUUUUAAAUACAAACAAAAUACAAUAAAAAACAUAAUA